AUGUUCAACUUAGAGCAAAGCCUAUACAAUGCAGAAGAUAUACCAAUUUUGCAAGAAAUAAGUAACGAGGAAACUGGUGAUGAAUAUACUGAAGAGAUUUCUGAAAUUGACAAAGAUGCUGUUAAUGAUGUUAAUAAAGAACUUUAUUGUCUUGGU